AAGAAGAGAAAACUACCCUCAUUGAUAAAAGCAAAGAUACUCUAUGUGCAAAAGCUGACAGAAGGAACAAGCACACAACCUCAAAUGGCCAGCUUUACUGUACUGAUGUCAAGCUCGACAAAACUUUCGGAAGGCUGGGCACUGUGGGCGUCUAAGAAAUCAAAGCAUUUCAACGAAAACCAAAAGAAUUAUCUCGAUGAAAAGUUCAAACUUGGCCAGGAGACUGGUUACAAAGAAGAUCUAUCCCAAGUUGCGAGUGAUAUGCGUCGCGCUAGAAAUGAAAACGGAGAGCGUCGAUUUGCUGUUGGCGAGUUUUUAUCACCACAGCAGAUAAAGUCGUAUUUCUCAAGGUCAGUAGCGAAGAUCAAACAGGCGGAAUCGGUAGCAGAGAUCGAUGUACCAGCCAUUGAUGAAGAAAUGGCAUACUCCUCAGCUCAUGACAAGAUAAUUCAAGAGUGCCAGCUUAGUCAUCCCAUUUUGUAUGACACAUACCACCUCUGUCAACUGUAUGCCACGAACAAGCUUACUCGUUUCAUUAUUUCUUUCCUUCAAGAUAUAUGCACAUAUUUCCAAUUGGAAAUUGAUUCCCUUCCUGCUACACGAAAAGCGCCAUACGUUGGUCUGAUCAAUGAACUGAUAAAUCCGUGUACGUGCAAAGAAAAAUAG